UUCAGGUGCGCGGCUCAGAGUGGCUCGCCGCAUCCGAGGCUUUGCUCCAAAAAUGCCCGCGCGGCGCUGCCAGGCGCAGGUGAGGCGAAGAGCGAGUUGCGCCUCCUGGCUUUCCUGGGCACUCUGGGGCAGCUUGCUCGUGGCUCCGGCUUGCGGCUACGUGAUCGUGAAUUCGGUGUCCUGGUCGGUCACCAAUGAGGUGGAAGAAGAGAUGGACAGCUCCUCCAACGAGGAGGUCCUUCCUGCGCUGCUGGAAGACACAACGAGCAUCUGGAAGCAGAGCUAUCCGGCCUCAGUUUACAAGGAAGAGGAGGAAUUGAGGUCCAGGCCGGGCCCGGGGAAAUCGAAGCAGAUCUCUUCGCCUUCCCGGAUGUUUUCCUACAGGAGAGAGAGCGCCAAAGAGGCAGACAGCCUAGCGCCUCAAGAGCAAGCCACCAGGACUGCCCGCUUCCUCGUCCAUUAUAACAACUGGGGCUUCUUGGCAACAAAAUCCACCCAAGAAAAGAUUCAAGGAGCCCCAUUUGGGAAUUGUUUAUCUAUCAGUGAUGGCCCUUCAGACAAUAGCACUGGAACCCCUUUCUUUUAUGUCACUCCAAAGGACAACACCAUAGCAGAUCUGAUGAAAAACUCCAUCGCUUCACUGACACUGCCAGAAGUAGAAAGGGAUUUCUGCAGGAAAACUGUAGUUGAUCCUGAGGAUCCACGAUGUGCCAGGCUCAUUUUGACAGGACAGAUGGUUACAGUACCUCCGGAAGAAAUAGAAUUUGCCAAGCAAGCAUUGUUUUCUAGGCAUCCUGUCAUGAGGAAAUGGCCCCGCAAUUAUGAAUGGUUCUUUAUGAAAAUGAACAUAGAGCAUAUCUGGCUUCAGAACUGGUAUGGAGGAAUUGGUGCCAUCGCAGCAGAGGAAUAUUUCAAAGCAGUUCCAAGUAAAGCUUGAUUGAAUUCCCAAAUACAGAAGUUCAGUGUUUUCAUAUUUAAUUUGGAAACAAACUGUUUUAUAUAAAAAUUUCACCAGGUAUAUGUUGAACAAGAUGUUGUUUGGGAUUUGUUUUUGCACAGUAUUCAAAAUGGCUCCAUCUUUCUUGAUUGGAACAAGAUACUUUUAAUUGAAUAUGAACAACAAACUCUCGCCAUUCAAGGUUGGAAUGAAUUGUACUAAACUUUGUUUUUAGGUGUUUUGACUCUUUUGAAUUUUUAUACUCAUGUAGCCCACAUGAUAAUCACAAUACAAUCGAAUUAUAAUUUCUAAAACUGGGGAAAAUGCAUUGUAAGAUGAAAUAGCUGGAAUGUGUAUUCUGGAUGCACUGUUGCAAGUAGAUAGAGUUUUUAAAACACAAUUUGAAACUUUAAAGGAAUGUUUUAAAUAUAUACAGCAUUUGAAUCGUUAAUGUUAUGGACUCUGUCUUUUCUUAAGCAUAUAUUUGUCUUUAAUAAGCUCACAAAAUGUUUUGUGAUAUAAUGCUUUUGCUAUGAUUGAACAUUAUCCCUAUGUCUUUACGAGAUUCUUUGGGAGAACAGGAAAAACCAAGUGUUUACUAUGCUUUAACCACUCAGAUAGUGGAAGCAAAAACUGAUGCUAACACAUGUUAAGAUACUCCUUAUCUUCUCUGAUAUAAAAUGAUAGUGUUAUUGCUGUCUAGAACCUUUCAGAAAGUCAAGGAAUAAUCAGUAUUAUUUUUGAUCCAGUGAAUAAAUAACUGUGCUUAAAAUCAUGUUUUUUCAAGUAUUGGAAUAUGGGGGCGGUGAGCUUAGCACCUUUAUGAUUUUAAAAUACCUCUUAGAGUUACUGUGAUGAUAAAAAGGAUUCGGGGAUAAUGUAAAUCACUUGAGUCUCCCAUUAGGGAGAAAACUGGGAUAUAAAUGAACUAAAUAAACCUUUACAUCAUUAAGAAACUUAAGCUAACACCGCCCCCAUCCAAUCCCAUCCUCAUUUCUUCUGAAUCAGGGCAGCAGGAGCUUCCUGGGAAAAGCAAGAAGGAAUUAUAGAAACAAGACUCUAGGGCAGUGAUGGCGAACCUAUGUGACACACCGGGUGCAGAGGUGUACUUUCCGGGAGCCCUCUCUGUAGAGCACUUUCGCACACAGAGUUCCACCAUGUGAAGUGAGGAAGAAAUCCGUAA